UAGACAGGAGGCGUGGUUUUUCACUGCUGAUUCUUGAGCAACCAACGGCUGGCUACUGUGGAUCAGGGCCAGGCCAGCUCAGCCAAUCACUCCGUCAGGCUCAGACCAGCCUGGAGAUCCAGAGGUAGACUACGGGAAACUGGAAGAGAACCUGAAUAAACUCAGCGCCUUCCCCUUCCGAGAUGAGGAACAAUGAGGGAAACCAACAACUGGAAAGAGGGACAGAGCAGAAGAAUGUACUGCAAGCAGAAGGCAGAAGCACCUCAUAGCUAAAUGACAGUUUCCACUGAGGGCACCAGAUGACGACGAGACAAGACCCAACAGACUAGGUCUGAGUGGUGGGGUGGCCUCACCUCACCCCACCCCCACUGCCUUCCUCACAAUGGGGUUCAUUGCUGAGGUGUCGGAGGGCAUACUAGGGAGGGUGAGGCAGAUGCCUACCCACCAGACACCCGCAGGGCCGGAGCCCUUUCAAGCAUGAACCAUACCAUCUGGGCUCCACCACUCCCAGUGUGCUCUUAGCUCUGUGUGAGGCCUGGGGCCCUGGAGGACUUCUUAGAGCUCCUCCAGCAACCAUCAUGCAAGGUGGUGCUGGGGACUGUCCUUGCUGUGCUAGGAGGUGGAGGCCUCAUGCUGUGGGCUCAGAGGAAGAAAAGGAAGACAGCCAGAGAGUCUUCUGGGGUCAGGUCUUCCGAAUCCUGCCGAGGAAAUGACAGCUGGAUCAAAUCUCACUUUAGCCGCCUCUCCGAAGAGAGGUUGCCCACCCACCACUAUGCCAGCUACAAUGGCCCCUCAUGUGAAAAUAGGCAGGUGGAGGCAAGCACCACUAUCCACAUGGAUACCUUCACCUCCACACAUGGAGAAGGGGGCAUGGCUCUGCACCGAGAUUCCUUUGCCAGCAAACACAAGGUAUCUGGGACCUCAGUGACCAAAGAGACCCAGAGGGAGUCAGGAAAGACCUCAUCGAUGGACAAUGAAACAUGGGCAGAGGUGGCUGCAUGUGCCAAGGACAUUGAUGCCAAGGGACAUCACCUGGCUAAUUCCAUGCUAAAACGCGCCAAGGUUUACCAGCGUGGAGGCCAUGUGGAAUCCAAGGACAUCAGCCCAGAAGAGCUGAAGGCUCUGGAGGAGGUGGAGAUAAAGCUGAAGGGGAAUUUCCUCGCUCACCGGGAAAGCACCGUAGCUGGUGCCAACCAAACGCGCACUGUCUAUAGCCAGUGUCGCCAUGGUCAUCAAAACCAGCACAGCUAUUCAAACCACCAGAGCAACCAGAAUCAUCCUGUACACGCUAGCCACCAGUGUCAUCAUCCAGGUCUCUUGAGCCACCAGGGUUAUUCAAGUCAUCCAAGCCGCCAGAGUCAUCCGGGCCACUCAAGCCACCAGUGUCAUCCGGACCACUCAAGCCACCAGAGUCAAUCGAGCCACUCAAACCACCAGAGUCAGUCGAGCCACUCAAACUACCAGGGUCUUCCCGGUCACUCAAGCAGCCAGAGUCACCAGGGUCAGCCAGGUCACACAAGCCAUCAGAGCCAUAGUCUGCCCAGCCGCAGCCAACAAAUCUAUGACUCUUGAAGCCACGUAACCACGUACCCCUUCCCCCAACAGGGCUGGCUCACAUACACAGGCCUGUUUUCUCUUCUCUGGGGAAACCUAUGUGGUCCAGGGUGAGAGGCUGCCACCCAAAUCCCUACUUCUGGCCCCAGCUGGCAUCAUGAGGAAGGGAGGAAGGGAUGCAGCUACAAUAGCCCAAGGGCCCUGAAGACCCACGAGAGAAGACAUGAGGCAGAUUACAGGAGCAGCCAUGAGCCCCACACUGACUCCACAUGCCUGAAUGGAGCCAAUAAAGCCCUACAUGCCCUCUGUG